UUAUGUGGAUAUAAGAGCAGGCUUGAAUGUGGGAUGUUUGCAAAUAAAUCUGAAUAAAAACAUAAUAAAGUUUGGUGACUGAGUGUUGCGCGUGCCCGCGUCCGUCGCCUGGGUUCCUUCGCGCGUUCGCGACACCGGAGGGGUUUGGGACACGGCGGGAGCGCGCACGCCCCGUGGGGGGGAAAUACUGCGGUCGGAAAAGCCAAGCGGUGCUGUCGGAUGUUAGACUUGAAACAUGUCUGGAUCUUCGAAGAACCCGACAGACGCCAUCCAGACGCGGUCCGAGAGGCGAGAGGAGUUCAAGGAGAAAGAGCAACCGGUGUCCGAGUCUCCUGGGCUUCCAGGAAGCCGAGUCAGGGCGAGGAAGAAACGGCAAGAAGAGCUCCACCACUCCGGGGAGGAAACACCUCCAGCUCAUAAAGGGAAGGAUCAGUAUUGUAUCGGGGACGAGCCGAUCAUCAGAGGAAUCUUUCAGAUCGGCAAGACGAGCCACGACGUGAUCCUCUCGGCCACGCGGCUCACGUGGACGCGCAUCCAGCCAGAGAGCCCUACAGGUGAGUCCUCACAGAAAAAGGCAGUAGACGACUUUGUGGAGCUGAAGGACGUGUUUGCGGUGAAGGUGAAGCGUCGCCGUUCGGCCGGACAGCAGAGCGGCGGCACGCUGCUCGGCAUCACCCUGUUCUUUUGCAAGCGCAAAGCCGCGAAACUCAAAGACGACACCAUCCACUUGGACAACCUGAGCGUGGAUCACUGCGAAAUCUGGUUCCGACAUCUCAAAGACAUCCUCUCUGGUUUUAAACAUCGUCCCAAGUCAUUGAAGGUCUUUGUAAAUCCGAUAAGCCACAAGAAAGAGGCGUACCAAAUCUACCAAGACCGGGUUGCUCCACUGUUUAAGCUUGCUGAUAUACAGACUGAUGUCACUGUCACUGAGAGUAAAGGCCACGCUCUGUCCAUCCUGAAGGAGUGCAGGCUGGAUGAGUACGAUGGGGUGGUGUGUGUAGGGGGAGACGGCUCCGUAGCUGAAGUUGCUCAGGGUUUGUUGCUCCGAGCACAGAUGGAAGCUGAGAGGGACACACACUCCGUCUUCAUGCCCGUCCCAGCACCACUUCCUCUAGGUGUGAUACCAGCAGGUUCUGCUAAUGUUGUUGCGUGCUCUGUCUAUGGUGUGAAACAUCCUGUAACUGCAGCACUGCACAUCAUCCUGGGACACAGACAGCCAGUGGACAUGUGCAGCAUGAGCUCCACUGGUGAGCUGCUGCGCUUCGGGUUCUGUGCAAUGGUGGGUUUCGGCAGUCAAGUGCAAGCUGUAGCUGAGAGACUAAACUGGAUCCCACCCAUGCGGAGACACGAACUCGCCCUCCUUAGUGCUCUCACACAGCUCAGACCCGAAGACUGCGAGGUGUCUUUUGUUCCCAGCAGCGCCGGAGAACGCGAUCACACCCUGAGUGAGCUGGAGGAGGACCUGACCAAUGUUGACGAUGAUGAGUGGCAGGUCCGCAGGGGUCUCUAUCUCAGCAUCACCAUUAUGUCCAUCCCAUGUAUGUGCUCUGUGGCUCCUAAAGGCCUUGCUCCGUUCACCAGGAUGAACAACAAUAGCAUGGCGCUCACAGCUGUAGCGAACACUUCCAGGUCAGAGUUCAUCAAGCACCUGAAACGCUACAGCAGCUCUUACAAUCCGUUCAGUUUCUCGUUUGUGGAAGUACAGCGUGUGCAGGCGGUGAAACUGCGGCCACUUUCUCACGGUGAUGACGAGCAGCGUGACUCCAAACACACUCCCUUCAUCCCCUCUGAGGGAACUCUAACCUGGAACAUUGAUGGAGAACUGCUGGAGGUGCAGGGGGAAGUGCUCAUUCGGGUUCACACGAAACUCCUCACACUGUUCGGCAGCCACGUUGAGGAAGCAGAGGAGCCGCCUGCUAACUGCAGCUGCAUUUAAUCAUCUACAUCAUGUGUUCCAAUCACAGAUUAGCUCCCUAGGUAGGCUGCGAUCCGGCAUUAGUUGGCCUUCUGAGGUAAAAGCAGUCAGUUAAACGCUAACGCAUUUGGGAAUACGACAUGGACGUUCUAGUGAGGAUGAAGAUACUAGGAGUCAUUGCAGGAAUCAUUUUCUGUCAAAUAGCUAGCAUGCAGCUGUGUAAUGUAAGUUAGCCAGCUGUUAUUCAGGGAGCGAUUGUUCAGCUGUUCGGUCGAUUAUAAUCUCCUCAGGUAAGCCGAUAAACUAGUGAGUGAUUUUUUUAUGAAGCUUCCUUUCCAUGAAUCCGCUACCAAAAGAGACAGGGACAUUUUUGAAGGUGGAAGGUGAGACAGCUGAAAGUGCAGACGGACAACUCGAGCUCAUCAGUUAAAUAGAAAAGUCUUUUAUUUAAAAAAAAAAAAAAAAACCCACACAUUACACACAGUCCAGUGCAUCAGUACUUAAAUAACAGCAGAGGACAUGCAGGGACAAAUUCCUCUUUACACACACACACACUCUCUCACGCACACACACACACACACACACACACACACACACACACACACACACACACACACAUCCUAUCAGCACUUUACAUACGAAUCUACUGCUCUGAAAAUGUUACUUUCUUCCUCUUCAUUCAUUUAAUAAACACAGUGAUGUGAAACAGAAAUGGAAU